UUGGCUUCUUGGGGCAGGAAUUUGAAUGCGAUAAAAGGGAAUAUCUGGGAAUAAACACCCAGAAAAAGUUUUGUGUUGACAUUUGAUCGUAGAUGAAGGCUCGGAGAUCAAUUAGGGGAGGGGCUGGUCAUAGCCUCUCCUUUAACUCCACACAGUCUCCAUAGUCUUCUUUACUCUACCAAACCUUGAUAUGAAGUGAAUGAUAACUGCUAGUGUACUUGUGAAGGACCAGAGCAUUGGUGGUGGUAAUAAGACAUCGGCAUGACAGCUGUGAUGGCCGCUGGAGACUCAGGUAGCCUGUCUCUGGGUGGUCUGCUGUCCUCCCUGGAGAAAGCCCGAGUGCAAUUGGACAGCGAUGAAGAUGACUUUGGCUUCCUUGCAGACCUGCUCAAGUCCCGAGAACUACAAGCACUUGUUCAUGUACAUAAUAAGGCGGACCAGAUCAACCGCACCAAGAAGGCCUGUCAGCCACUUAUGUCCAAUGCGGAAGACAUUGCCAUCUCCAUCAUGAGGGAGAUACAUUAUCGCACCAUACCCUCUGGUGAUGCCAUCGAACUUUUUGCCAUCUUACAGUCACCCCACCUACAAGGAGUUCUCCAAGCUCAUGAUAGCAUCGCAGCUAAGGAUUUUGUACCGCACUUACCAGAGAUCCCAGUAGAAGUUGAUGAGGAUGAGGAGACUGUAAAAAUUGUGCAGCUAGUGAAGAGCAAUGAACCAAUGGAAGGGAAGGGAGCUGAACCAAUUGUGGGUGCUACUAUCAAGCAUGACGAUCGAACAGGAGCCAUAGUGAUUGCCCGUAUCAUGCAUGGUGGUGCUGCUGAUCGUUCUGGCCUGAUACAUGUUGGGGACGAGGUGCAAGAAGUCAACAAUUUAAACGUAGUUGGCAAAACUCCAGCUGAUGUCCUAAAGAUACUUAUGCAAGCAGAAGGCACCAUCACCUUCAAGCUCCUUCCUGCUGGCAGUGCAGCUUAUUUAAGAGAGAGUAAAGUACGUGUUCGUGCCUAUUUCGACUAUGACCCCAAAGAAGACAAACAUAUCCCCUGUAAAGAGGCUGGACUUGCAUUCAAGAAACAAGACAUCCUUCACAUUGUCACCCAAGAUGACCCAUAUUGGUGGCAAGCACGAAGAGAAGGAGACCGUAACAUGCGUGCUGGACUGAUUCCCUCUAGGCAGCUCCAAGAAAGACGUAUCUUGUCGCAACGACAGGAGCAGACUGCUAAUGGUCAAAUUGCAGGAAAUAUUAUCCCCAAGUCACCAAGUUGCAAACCCUCACCUAAAGUGAAGAAGAUAAUAUAUGAUGCUUCUGAAAGUGAGGAUUUUGAUCGGGAAGAAGUGGCAACGUAUGAAGAAGUGGCACGUCUCUAUCCUCGACCUGGUCUUCCUCGACCUGUUGUUUUGAUUGGUCCACCUGGUGUUGGGAGGAAUGAAUUGAAGCGAAGAUUAAUGACUCUUGACGUAGAUAAAUUCCGGACACCAAUUCCCAUGACUUCACGACCAUCACGACAUGGUGAGGUGAACAACCGGGACUAUCAGUUUGUAACCCGAGAAGAACUAGAGGAGGAGGCUGCUUCGGGGACAUUAGUUGAACAUGGAGAGUUCAAGGGUCACUUGUAUGGCACCUCGUCUGUCACUCUUAAGUCUAUGAUUAAUGCUGGCUAUGUAGUGCUGGUUACUCCACACUAUCAGGCCCUUAAGUACCUGAGAACUGCAGAGUUCAAACCGUACGUGAUAUACAUCAAGCCUCCAACACUGGCUGUGCUCAAAGAAACGAGACAAGCAGCUCAUGCACGCUCAACCUUUGAUGAAAAUAAUUCUAGAGGCUUUACAGAAGAUGAAUUUAGGGACAUGCUGAAGGCAGCUGCAAGAAUUGAAUUUCACUACUCUCACUGGUUUGAUGAAGUUAUUGUUAAUGAUGAGCUAUCUUCAGCCUUUGAGCUCUUGGUUGCAGCUGUAAAUAAGGUGGAAACGGAACCACUGUGGGUGCCUGCAUCAUGGGUGCAAUAAUCAUGAUCUGAUCACAAGAAACAAUUGUUUUCUGAGUAGUGCAGCAAUAAGACUUGUUCUUCAUGCAUUACAAAUCUAAGAAGUAGGUCAGUAAAAGCAACUUCUUUUGAAACUUAUCACACCAUGAUGCAAUCUUGCCAACACACCUGUCUUUACUUUUGGUUUGUGCCUUUCUUUUCCUGAAAGAGUUAAGAAGAUUGAAGAUGCCUGUAUUCAAUGUUGCUCCCUAAUAGAUAGAUGAAAUUAAAGUAGGUGUUGGCAUUUAUGAAGGCAGCUGUCCAUUUAAGUUACAUUGUUUCCAAAGCAGAUGUAUUUUCCUGUAAAAUUAGAUUGUGUCAAGAACAGAUGUAUCUAACAGUCAUUGUCAUACUAACAUACUAAAGUUUAUACACAAAUGGUCCACAUUUUUGCAAAAUAAUGUAUGAAGUUACAGCUCAACAUGAGAAAAGUUUCACAGUGUGCAGCAAAAACAUAUUUAUUGCACCAGUGACUCAAGAAAUUAUCAGCAAGUCCUAAGAAACUAAAAACAUUACUGGCUGGAUCAUCUGAUACAAAGCUUUGCAUUAUGGCUGCAAUAAGUGUCAUUUAAACAACACCAUAUGGAUUCACUUCAGUUCUCAUUUGUCUUGCCAUUAUGUGGAAAUAAAGUGUAAGUAUACUUAAUGCAUGCUGCCAGGUUAUCUUGAACUUGUAAACUUCAAUAACAAUAACAAAAAAGUUAUCUUGACUUCAUAAACUUAAAUAAAAGUAACAGACAAGAGAAGUGAUAAAGGUCAACUUUGCUAACUCUUUACUCUCCCUCUCUCUGCCGUUAUAUCAGUUCCCAAGAUCUGUUUCAGUGGACUCCCCCAAUAUCUCUUGUGCCUCGUACCUACUUAAUAAUACUGACUUGUCAUAGAGGUGUGCAUGUAAUCCUGUAAGUGAUAGAGUUGUUUAGUUCAAAGCAUGUUGAACUUUAUCUUCUACUGCUGCAGUUAAUAUUAUUUAUUUAUUAUUGUAAUUAUUAUCAUCAUCAUUAUUAUAUUAAUAGAUAUUUAUUGAAUAUUGUCACUAGAUACCUCAUCCCAUUAAAGCAUUUUUUCAUCCCACCAUGCAGAUUACUUGUUAUAGAAUCUUUUGUACAAGUGAGAAGUUUGUAUCAGUGAAUGAAGGUGUAGUGAGAAGGUUGGUGUCGUUCAUCUUGAAGUGUACAAAACUCAUGUUGUACAUUGUUACUCUGUGGUGUGAAAGAAAUGAUCUGGCCUUAGGUAAGACUAUGCCAAAAUACUUUAACAUUUGGAGAUUAGUCACUGGGUUUAAUUAAUCUUAUUCAAUUUUAUAUUGGUCCUAAGCCAGAUCAUAGUGUGAUUGUUGUUUUCUCUGAAAUCCACGUGAAUGACGAGGUUGGUUAAAAAAAUAACAAAUACAAACAAGCUGGCAAUACUCAUCGUUAAGUGCAUCCAUCUAGUCGUGUGUGGAGGGUCCUCAGCCCUUGGUACAGGACUAUUGAGUGUCCUCCAGACCCUUCAGAGGCAAUAUUGGUGUUGUGCUCGCUGAUCAACAAUAGCAUUUGUUUGGGACUUAAUAUUACCGUAGAUAGUUAUUUGUAUGCUUACCUGUUGGUUGAAAGGUGAAUGUAGUACAGUAUAAAAAUGUGCUAGUACAGUAAUGAGUUGUUUUUGCAAACAUUCCUUAAUGAUAAGUAUAUGUAGACCUAUAUUUUUUAGUACAUCCAUUUUUUUUUUUAACAAUACAUUCUGAUUUUUAGUACAGUACUGUACUGUCAAAAAUAAUUAUUGUGCUGUACAUGGCAGCAAUUUAAAGGACUAGAUUGAUUGUUAAUACUAUAUGAAUGUUUUGCUGUGAAGUCACAGCAUAUUCUGGCCAGCUUAAGUAGGAAAAGAAGCGUAAAAGAGGGAUAUAGUGUAUUUUUAGACAACUGUGGCCCGGAAGACCACAAAAAUCACAGGAAAAUACAUACGAGUUACUCAUGGCACUGUUAAAAUGUUAUUCCUAUUGUCAGGUGGCUGCUAAAUAUUAGCACAAAAUGAGAAAACUAGAAGUACUUUGUACUGAGCUGAUCAUGCUGACGACAUAUUAUGACCAGCAAUAUGUGUGUGUGUGUGUGUGACUGCUUCGGUGUAUGGUGUCUGAUGACCUCCAGAAUCCUAACUUCAUAAAUCUAGGAAACACAUGAGUCUUGAUCACCAAGAAAAUAAUGCAUGUGAUGAGUGAAAUUAAAGGAGUAAAUGUAUUUGAUUAGGUCUAUAUUUAGUGGAGGCAUGCAUGAUACUUACUUAUGACAACAACAAAUGUAGGUGAAACAUGAUCACUAUGGAAAUCUGAGACAUGUCCCGCUGUUAACAAUAGGAAUUAGAUAUGUAAACAGGGUAAUCACAGUGACUGUUUUAUUGCUAUGUUAGGGCUCGGGAAUUUUGCCAAAUAAUUUGUCUAAACCAGUUCUUCCACCUUCAUGUAGACUAACAUGUUUUUACUAUUUUCCCCUGUAUUUACAACGACAAGUAGUUUCUCCAUGAAGUUAGUUGAUAGGUAACCUAAUAUAAUUUGUCCUUUUAUGUAAUGUAUAGUGAUUUUGCAGACGUUUAAAAUUCCAUUUUUGAGGUACUAAUGUACUUAAUGUAUGAUCAUUCCAAAACUGAAAUUCUAUAUUGUUUACUGUUUUAUAUAUUUUUCAGACUGCAAAAAGUGUUCUCAGUUUAGUAGCUCGAAAUUUUGUAUAUCUUAUCAUUAAAAAUAGCUGGAAGGUUUAUCAUCACUAGUCAGUGAAGACAGUAUCAGGCAUUUAGUCCUUUGCGGUUUACAGAACUUUUGUACACUGUUAAGUUUGAUGGGUAUUACUUUCAGUAACAUACUAUUUAUUUUUUUACAUUAUUAAUUUAAAAGGAAAUGUUAUCCUCUAACACCACAUGUAUUUUCCAAAGCACAAACUCAAUACUUUGACCUUACUGAAUUCUAAUAGUAUACCUUUGAUAGGAAUUGCUACAUAUUUUUUAACUGUGUCUAGCCCAGAUGAUAUACCUAUAGCUAGUUCAGAGGCAAAAGUCAACACAGUGGAGAAAUUGGUUACAGUUUAAGGAAAGACAUGUACAGUACCUAAUAAGAGGCAAGGCUGUGCAACAAUAUGAGCUAAUGAAAUUUUAAGUACAGUAUGUACCGGGUACUGUAUCUCAAUUAAUUGUGUUAUAUUAUUUUUAUUUUGCAAGUAGGAAAGGCUGGCUAUGGCAUACACUGAAGGCUCAAGGGUAAUAGUACAAGUUCAUGAGCUUAUUGCACUACCUGUGUGAAAGCUGAAUAGCAUUGAGUACCGGUAGUUUUCAGAAUUUCUAGUAUCACUUUUGGUUUCUGACUGUCAGAUGUUCAGAGGUAAAGUACCAUAUAACAUAAGUAUUUCAACAAUCUUAUUUUAGAUAUAGGAAACAGGUUGAUUGAUGUAGAAUUUGGUAAAGGUGAGCAAUAGAGCAUGAGAAGCCUGUAGAAGUAUUGACUGAAAUAUUUCAACCAUCUCAUGACUAAUACCCUGUAGAAGUAUAUUACCUAACAAUGUAUUGAUAGGAAAUAGGAUUAAUUUUUUGUCCCUUGAUGUCAAAAGUUAUUUUUUAAUCUUGUUGCAAUGUGAAUACCAGUAUUAACUGUAUUUUGCAUAGUCUUGGUGUUUCUUUUUUAUAUUUAACUCCAUUUUUUAAACAGCCUAAAUUUUACUUUUUUUCUGUUUACAGUAUUUGUUAAUGUUGAAUUUUUGUCAUGAAUGCCAUACCCCAUGUGUCAAUAUUUAAGGACUGUACAUUUUACUUCACAGUGGCUACUAUGAAUAGUUCAAAGGAAAUUAUUUGUAGAUUAUAAAAAUACAGUGAUUGUAGUUUCAAAGCAAGAUAUUGUAAGAGGUUGUUGGAACAGAUAAUUGUAUGCACUGCCAUUAACGACCCUUAAACCAUUUCCUCCCCAGACGAGUUGUGAGAGUUGUGCUUGGGGUGCGACAGUGCUAUAAGGGUCAGUUUACUUCUAGUUACCACUAUUGGUGAGAAACAUUAAAUUACUGUUAUGUACCAAACAAUUGUAGAAUGUAAUAUAACUAGUCAAUGUUUUCUUUGAAUUUAUGCAUCCAAAGAAUUGCCUCGUUAGCACUAGUGAGAUGUUUGUCAUAAGUUUUCUUUUGGGCAUACAUGCUAACGUUUGGGCAUACUUUAACAGAAAUCAAAUUUUAUAUGGGUGUGUCAGUUGUUUCACUAAUGAAUGCAUCCAUUCUUUCCAUAUGAAUCUCCUCAAGUAGAAUUCUGCUGUGAAAAACAAAUAUUUCUGAUUCUGAUGUUAUCCACUGAAUCAGAUCUGACAAAAAUGGGAGUGUGUAUAUGAAGCAGACAUCUUCUUUGUUGCAUUGAGUGAUUUAUCAAACCUUAAAAAUAGGUGGUAUAAAUUCUUAAGUGUGAUACAUCUCAUGAUUGAUGUAAGAAACUUAAAAAAGACAGUCAGGGAGCUAAUUGCUAAAUUGAACAAAUGGUAGAUGUCAAAUUAAAUUCAAAGUUAUAUUCCACGUCAAAAGCAAAUUAAAUAAUUGUAUUGAUUCAGGAGGUUGAAGUCUGUGCCUGCAUUACUUAGGGCUCAAGAGUGCAAGAUGAGGCUAGGUCAGGUAAGGUCAGAGCAAGAGCCUUUUUAAGUCUGUUAGUAGGAACAAGAACAUACACUAUAUUGUUAUCUUUAUUGUGAUACUAAUUAACCGUAUUCAUAGUUAGCUCAUUAGAAUGUGGAUCAUUUUAAUUGUUUUAUUCGUUUCUAAUGAUAUAGAAUGGAAUCAGUGAUAGGUAUGACAAGUAUUCCAAGUUAAUUUCACUUAUGAGCUCAAAAUAAGCUGACCUGGCCACUGAUGUUCUCACCAGUGUUAUGUGACUUGUGUUCAUUGGGUUUGUUGAAAGCAUAAACAUGAUCUCAACACAAAUCUAGUGAAUCGUGUAGCUCAACAGUGAGCGAAUAUUGUUGAUAGUGUUAAUGUGUAGCAAUUGCUAGUUUAUUCUACGUACAGCCCUUCAUUCCUCAGUAGUUUUAUGCAAGCGAGUCAAAUAAGGGAAAUUCCAAUAGUACAGUAUUAUGAAACUGCACAUUUGAGACAGUAAAUAAAUAAUAAUUCUUGAAUUAAUGGUGAAGGGAUCAGAAUGUAAAUUAAAUGCAUUACAGUAUUUUGUAAAAUCUGUUUAGGUUUAAUUAUUUUUAUAUCAUUAUUAAUAUAAAGUUUCUGAAAAGUCAUUAGUAUAAUAGAUGUGAAUUCUCAAGAAGUCUAGUUCAGGAUAGUUUGAGAAUACUCUGUGAUUUUCAUAUUUUCUUCCUUGUGAUGAUUUUACAGUUCUGGUGGACAGACAAGACAUUGACUUGAUCUUUAUUGUUUAUCUUGCAAAUAUAGAAGCUUUGAAUACAGCCCAAGAGGCAGUGGGGUAAAAAGUUGUGGCUUAUAUCAGUAGAAGCUGAUAUUACCAAAUAAACAAAGUUGACAUUUGUGUCUUCGCAACUCGGAUAGGAUGAAUCUUCAAUUAUGUCUUUAAGAUAGCAAACUGAAUUUUUUUAAUAAUCUUUACAGAAAGGUGAUGUAAAAUAUAUAAAAAUAUACUAAUAAUGAUAAUAAUAAUAACAACAGUAAUACUACUAUAGGGGGUACUACUAAUAUUAAUAACAACAAAAAUGAACAAAGUUUUUUUUAGAAUAUUGUCUAUAUAUUUCAAUAUUAAGGGAAUAUAUUCUGAUCUAUUUCUUAAUUGUAGACUGUAAUCGUUUGAAUUAGCAUGUAAAGUUAAGUAAACAAGCUAUGUAAGGUCCACAGAUACUUCUGUUUCAUAAGUUAAAACAAAAUUAUGGCUAAUCUUAGUUUUUAUCUUGACUGACUUAUAAUAAUGAAAUUUAUGAAAUACAGUACAGUAUGUAUAAAUGCUUCAGUCUCUGCACACCAUAUGUAAGUGGCACAAUAUUGUUAAAUGCUAGAUGGUGUUCUAUAUUUAGUGCCAACAGUUGUUAGUGAAAUUGUAAAUACAUUUCAUUUGUGGUGAAGUUUUGAUGGUGUUGGCAAAGUUCAUCCAAUUGUUUUCUCUCUGAAAUUGCCACAGAGAGAAUAGGCUUAUUAGACCUCUGCCUGCUGACAUGUAAUGACUAAGAUAAACCUAUAGAAUAAUGAAACAAAAACAAAUACGUAUUUUCAGCUAAAAUAAUCUAAAGAACAUUUCAGGCUAAUAGUAUGUGUCAAUCAUUGUCCAGUUUGCAGUUGUCUGGUUACCGUUGAUCAUAUACCUGGUGUGAAAGACCAGAAGGGUUGUGUUUAUUUAUGUUUCAGUAUAUGAUGGCUAGUGAAAUUUUCAAUUUCUUGGUGAGAUAAAGUAGUGAAUAAUUAAGAUGUAGUUAAUUAAUAAAUUAUUAUUUCAAACUGGAGCCUACAAAUAAGUUUAAUGGAUACACAAUAUCCAUGAAUCGAAUUUGCAUACUUUGUCAUGAACCAAAAUACUGUACAUCAUUACAUAUGUAAUGGAGAAUUUCAUUAGCAGAUAAAAUUGUGUUGAACAAUCAAAGUUAUAGACAUUCAAACUGUAAAUAGUUGAGCCCAAGAAGAAAUAGACUAUACCAUUUUGGGCCUUCCCAUGCCUUCUUACAGAACUGUAUGUCACAGUGAAGAUGUAUUUUGUGAUUUUACAGUCAACACUAGAGAAUCAUAUUACAUCACUAGGCUGAGUAAACCUAAAAUCAGCUUUGAAAAACAUCAAACGUUUUAUUUCAAGUGAAGAAAAAAUUAAGCUUUCAACAGUUUACUUGUAUUUUUUAAGUGUUUGCACUUUGAUCAUUCACUGUAACUUAGAUGAAGUGCAGCUCUUCAUAUUAUAAUUUUUAGGUAUCAGCAGACUGAACUCUUGGCUUUUACCAGAAAAGAUGAAAAGAACAAAUCAAGUCUUGUGUAAAGUGGCCUACUAGUCAUUGUAGAAGUAAACACAUGUACCCAUUAGUUGAUAGUAUUUUCCAAGUUAUUGAAAAAAAAUGUGUCAAUAGAAACUUAUAAAUUAUAACCUAAUAUACAAGACAGGAGUUAAUAUCAAAGAUAAGUAUGUUAGCAAGCUCUAUACUUUACUUUAAAUAGCACUGACCAAGUUGUCUAAUAGUGAUCUCACAAAAUUUUUACCUAAAGUACUGCCUUUGUAGUAUUACAAGGGGUCCCCGGGUUACGAACAAGUUUCGUUCCUGAGGACGUUCUUAAGUCAGAACACAUACCCUAUGUGCACUUUAUCAUAGCCUAAUUCAUUUUAUACAUCUAGAAUCACUUAAUUUAAAAUAAAGGAAGAAAUUGAAUGACAAAAUACAGUAAACUAAAAAUUAAAGUUUAACACUUACAUUGAAACCUGGGGCUGGUUUGCAUGUAGAGAUGGGCAUUUGUAGAAGUGAUUUAGAUCUUCCACCCAUAUCACUAACAAUCUUUCUAUUUCAAUUAUCAAUCCAAUUCUUUGUUUUGUUAUCAGUUGAGUGCAUUGGUGUAGAUCCUUUUACAUGUUCAAGAAUUUUGUGCUUGUCUUUCAAAAUUGUUUCGAUCAUUGACCGACUUAAGCCCAACACUUCACCAGUGACUGAGGGUGUUUUGCCUUUUUCAAAACAUUUAAUUUCAUCAACUUUCACUUCCAUUGUAAUUGUUUUCCUUUACUUGGAUGCACUACUAUCACUUGCAUCAGGUUUGCAUUUGGGAGCCAUGAUGAGGGCAGAAAAACAAAGUUAAUAAGCAAUAAACAACGGUUUGCAUUUGAUCACACACGUUACUGAGGUGAGGGCAAGGUGUACCGAUGCUCCCUCAAGGCACGUUGCUGGGUGACACAUUACUCCCCACACGCCGCUAUGCCAUGCAAACUAGUUCUCAUACAUUAAUACAAUGAACCUGUUGUACCUAUGUCGGGUUCCUAAAAUAGUUGACCUUAUGGGACCUCGUUUGUAUUGGCAGGUGUUCGGAAGUCAGACGUUUGUAACCCGGGGACCCCCUGUAUUGGUUUUACAUUACUGCAUAGGAGUUGUGGUUUUAUUUAUUAAGUGUACCAAUCACCUCAGUGUCAUUCAUGUACCUUUUUCUGUAAAGUGUUUAACCCUGUUGGUCUCCUCUUUUUCCAAAUAGUUCUUGCAAGUCUCUUGGAUUUAUUUUUUAUUUUAGACAUUAUUCGUAUAUUUUUAUUCUCCUCCAAUUAACAGAACAGAACUGUAUAUGUAAUGAAAACGUUAUUGUUUGUAGUUUUUCAGAUUUACAUUGUUUAAGUUUGUCAAUUCUCUUAAUUUAUUAUGCUCACAAAGUUCUUCCUUCUGUCUUCUAUUUGUUUCUGUUAUAUAUACAGUACAAUAUACUGUAUACUUUUUUCUUUUCUUUUUUCAAAUAAUCCCAAAGACAUGCAUCUGCACUUAGUUAAUUUGUAAUUUUGUUUUCCAACAUGUAACUGAAUACCAAAACAUUUAUAUUUAAUGGUUUGUCAAGGAUCCAGGUCCAUAUCCCACUACAGUAUCAUAAUAUUUAUAUGUUGUGCAGUUAUCAUAAAAGUAAUCCCAUUCAUUGAUAAUGAUAUAAUACGUAUAUAUAAUUGUAAUUGGCAAAAGAAAAAAAAAUUACUGCACAGUUGUGUACCAAGAGUAAAUGUCUUUACAAUGUGUGUGGUAUCAUCAAAUGGCAUUACAGUAUACAAUAUUGUGCAGCUGAAUUCAGAUACUAUUUUGUGCCAGUCAUUGCUCCUGUAUUUUUGUUCUUUAGUCAACCAUUUUUCAACAUGCUUGCAUUUCCUUAGAUCUUGUAUGCAGUUAAACUUACUGCAACAGUGUGUUAGUGCUCUACACCCGUUAAAGUAAGUCAUGCAACUGAAAAUCUCUUAGUAAUCUCAUCUUGUGAUGAUACUAAAGUACUUUUUACAUAGGAAUUGUCUCACUCGUACUUCCUCAAAUCUUUCAUUUAUUGUUUAAUGGUACCUAAUUCUACACCUUUACAAGUUUUUUUUUAUACAGUACAGCAUGUAUAAAAAAUUUGUCAGGUUUUUUACCUUUAGUCACCAUUAUGGUAUAUGUUCAAAUUAAUGUUCUUAGGUGGCUCACAUAUGACCUCUUUUCAACAACAGUUAGGCAUGUAUGAAAGAUCAAAGAUUUGUUAAAUAAUAAAAAAAUUUAUCUCUGUAUCAGACCAACAUGUAACAUCCAUUCCAAUCUAUAUUAUCAGUAAUCCUUACUCUUAUUAAAUACACAUGGCAACAAUCUUUC